AUGAGCAAAAGUGGUAAAAGGAGCGAUGCAAAGGCUUCGCAGUCAAAAAGCAAGAGUAGACGAGGAAAUAAGUCGAACAGCAGGACAUCCACAAUAAGCGAUGAAACCAAUGGACGACAGCAGAGUGCUGUUAUGCCUGAACUUGGAGAGAAACUUCGUCGCAUUAACGCUGAUCAAAACGGCAACAAUGUAAUGAGCAUAUCUCAUUCGCUACCGAGACGGAGUCAUCGAGGGUCAUCCAGUCGCAAAUCCUACGAAAACCCUUCUUCGUCUGUCAUGAAUAAGGAAUUGGAAAACAAAAUGGAACGAAUGCAGCGUGGUGGUUCAGGAUCGACAUCAGGAAGAAGACAAGAAGCCAGCCGACAGCAAUCGAGACGGAGCUCAUCGUCGACGAAAUCCGAUGGAAGAAGUAGAAGGCAUUCUCGUCCAACCGAUGCUGCAGAUACUCCUCAUAGAAGAGGACAUAAUGGCCGUAGAACGAGGCCAAGACAACAGUCUUCAUCGUCAGAUUUAUAUUUGAAACCGAGGGUGGGUUCCGACUCAAACUUAGGCGAUGACGAGACUGCAGCUUCUUCAUCAUCCUUCAAUGAAGGGUCCCUUCCGGAUCUGGCUAUCAUUCCUUCUGAAGGUCCUUCUACCCAGCACAGUACCUCCCAAGAAUCAACAUCCCAAGGCAUAGCAUCCGUUGGCACUUUCCCUGGUGCUUUUCGAGUGAGUAACGUGGGGGAGGUCGGUGUUCCGUCUUCUUCCUUGGACGAAACCAUUCACGGAGACGAGGACGAGGACAGCGAUAUUCAGACGAACUCGAUCUCUACAGGCACUACUACUACGACCACUGGUACAACAAUUAGACCUGGCGAUGGCGCAUCACCCCGGUCCGGUACCAUCAACACACACAGCAGAUCCCAUACUACUUCAAGAAUGAACCGAUCUGCCUUACGAUCAGUAUCGGAAGAACAAGGAACUAUGGUCGAAGCAGUUGCAGCUCGGGAUCAUGAAGACGAGUUAGAAGAGGCAAGACAACGAGGGCGGGAAGAAGCACUCGAAGAAGUGACUAGUAGUCGUACCCAUCACACUGCUGAGAUUGCCGUUGCUAUGCCAACAGAUGAUGACGACGACGAUGCUGAAGGGGAGAGCAAAGACGAUGGAAAAAGGAAAAGCCGAAAUGCAUUUUGCCGCGCUCUUAUUUGUCUUGGAAUGUUGUUGAUCCUAUCGAUUGUUGUCACUACAGUCGUGUUGCCGAUACUUCAUAGGUCGAAACCAGAGGUUUCUUCACAACUUGAUGAAAAUGAAGAGUCAAACGCUAAAGUCGUUGUUGUCUACACACCGCCGACGCAAGAGGAAUGCGAAGCGAUCGCCACAGGUAUCAUUUUGGAUGAUCAAUUAUCAUUGGUUCAUAAGUCUUUUUACAUCCAUUACGAUAUCACACUUGCAUCCGACGAAGAUCUUGCUCCUCUAUUCAAUGCCAUGAUGCGGCAUAUCCAAGAAAAUCUUAUACCGAUCAUGGCAGGUUGUGGAGCAACUGAUUUUCUCGGCACACCCAUCGCCUUGGACGAUGGUCUCAAGAAUGCAACGAACGCCAUUGUAAACGGGAAGGUAGCAAAAGAAUCGGAAGCGUCCUGCAGCAGUGAUGGCUCAAGUGACAAUUGUCGCAGCUACGUCCUCCUCUUGGAUCUGUACUUGAACGAAGAAAAAACCAGUUCGAGUCUGAUUGAGGUGAUACGAGAUUCUGUCAAUGGCGAAGAACUAGCGGAAGCACUUGGAUUUCAAUUUCCCGGUGUGGAUAUGGAGGUAAAUGUUCCUCUGAUCGUGCCAACAAUAGACGCAACCGUAGUGCCUAGUACUUCUUAUGAUCUUGUGACAGCUGUCCCAACACAAGCACCUACACGCCAUCCACAUCAUUUCGAGCCAUCGCGAUUUGUAUCGAGAACUGUCUCACCAACAAUGGGACUGCCAGUCACGAGCCCAGGAACCACUUCUAGCCCAAGCAUGAUGCCAAUAUCUCCAUCAUUGCUAUCUUUUGAGCCAACCAAAGGCAAUGGCCAAAGCAGUAGCUCAACGAAUGAGCCAAGUCGAGCUACCACAACCCCUCCAAUGCAAAUGGUCACUCCAAGCCCAUCAGAUGAUUUGAGCAACACGCUUACUGCAAGUCCAACGAGAAGACCGACAUCCCCAUCAACAUCACUACCAACACCGCCACCUACAUUAGUGGGUUCGAAACCAACGAAAGCACCGACAAGGCAUCCUACAAGAAGUCCAACACGAAGCCCGACUCUAUCGCCUAGUAUGAUAGUCACAACCAUUGCUCCCACGCCUGAAAUUAGCAAGUCACCAACAGAGUCCCCAAGCUCUAGCCCAAGCUUGAGUACUACUCCUGCUCCAACCAAAAAACCAACUCUGGCACCCACAAACGUCCCAAGUUCGAUUCCAAGCAAGCUUUCUACAUCUGCGCCAUCGGUGCUCCCAUCCAAGGCGCCCACUCUGGCGCCCACAACAACCGCUGGUAGUGGUGGUGGGGCCUGGUGUUGCUCCCAAAGCUACAAGACUUGCGACAUUACACAUGGAGCGUGCAAUGUCAAUCAAUUUGCAUGCGAAGACAGUUGUCUCGGCACUUGGAUACAAGAGAAUUCCUGCACUGGACUGGCACGGUGGUCCGAGUGCACCAAUGAUGUGACUGGAUGUUGUGCCCCGGCCGUGUGUACCAAUCAAGGACCAACCUACAAACAAUGCCUAUAG